AUGGCCCGCAAUGAAGAGAAAGCCCAAUCUAUGCUUUACCGUUUUCGUGAGGCUCAAGCCGUUCAACUCGGUUUAGUGAAGCCAAAAGAACGUAGACCAUAUUUGGCAUCAGAUUGUAAUGAUUUAAAGGACGCAGAAAAGUGGCGUCAACAAAUAAUCAGAGAAAUCUCACGAAAAGUUUCCAAAAUUCAAGACGCUGGUCUUUCGGAUUAUCAGAUUAGAGAUUUAAAUGAUGAGAUUAAUAAAUUAAUGAGAGAAAAGGGACAUUGGGAAGAUCAAAUAAAGAAACUUGGUGGUCCAGACUUUAGAAGAAUUGGACCUAAAAUGUUGGAUCAUGAAGGCAAAGCAGUUCCCGGAAAUCGUGGUUACAAAUAUUUUGGACGCGCUAAAGACUUACCUGGUGUAAGAGAAUUAUUUGAAUCAGAAGCACCUGAACCAACAAAACGUACAAGAUUUGAGUUAUACAAAAAUGUAGAUGCAGAUUAUUAUGGAUAUCGAGAUGAAGAAGAUGGACUUUUAUUUGAAAGUGAAGCUGAAGUAGAACGCGGACUUAUCGAAGAAAUAUCAAAAUUACCAGACAAAGUAUUGCCAACGGAUAAGUCAAUACAAAAAAAGAAAGAAGGGGCAUCACAAUUAGAAAGAGAUAUAACAGACAUUGAUUUAUUAUCAGAAAAAUAUGUGGCACAUGUCGCUGUGCCAUCUCAAAAAGAAGUAGAAGAAUAUUUAAUACAAAGAAGAAAACGUCAAAUGCUUGAUCUUUACUAA